AUGCAAGCUUGGGUCACGAGCAACGGGCUCAAUAAUAGCCAACCUGCUCCUGCUGGAUCUGGGACAGGAACGGGACAUGAUGGCCAAAGCCACCUUCCUCAACGCCACGUCUAUCUACCUCAACCUACGCCUGCGGCGUCGCAACCCGCCCAGACGGUACAAGCAACGCAAAAUUCGCCUCCACGAUCACGCGCACCUAUAGUCAAUGCGAAUUCCAAUAGAGCAGCUGUUGUCGCUGCAGCUAAGCUACCUGUUCCUGCUAGUCGUAAUGGCCAUACCCGAGAUACGUCACUUAACAUACGGCGAUCGGGGACCGUUGCUUCUGAGCCUAUUCAAUCUUCUCGGCGACCAGCGCCAUUCUGGGAGGGUUCGACAGUAGAUGGCUCCAUGUUUAGUGACACCGCUAGCAAUGUUGACGCAAACACGGCAGGCACUUCUAUGUAUCGAAUGCCUUUUCGGGCGCCCAUUACUUACCAACAGAGAGGGAAUACCCCACGCCCUCGCCCCCCUGCCAAGGGGGAAGUCAAUAUGCCGGAUCAACAUGCCCCUUUCGUCAUUGGACCUAACGGAGUGAUAGAUGUAGUAGGUGGUCCUCUUACUAGAAGUGCUUCGACACCGGAUGCUAGGAAUCACCGUGGCCAUCUGAAGGGAGUAUCAUCUCCGGAACUUGACCAAGAGUCGGAAGAUAGUCCAUAUCAGACGAGCCCAGAAAAAACCCCUUCCACUAAGCGGCUUCAUCAUCCCAAAGCGUUGGCUUUACGUACUAACCGUCGUGGUUCCUUUUCCGAAAGGGCUGCCUUUCCCCAAGAAAAUAUCGUAUCUUCGCCUUCACGUGAGGCCUACCCAGUUCCUGAUAAUGAUUUAGAUGAUGAUGCAAGAUCUGAACAAUCUGUACACUUACGGGUGAAGACAUUACCCGAACAUCAACACCGCCGCUCGACUAUUUUUGCUGAUACCGAUACACCUAUGGUUAGCCAUCCGGACGAGUCAGACCGCGAUAGCAUUGCUCCGCCGCCGCCUGCGCCUAAGCUAGUCGUAAAACCUAAGCCUCAACUCAAUCGACAACUUUUUAUCAAAGGUGGUAAUAAAGGCGGCCUAGGAUUGCACGAGAGCGCGAUGCCUCGCUCAUCAAUAGAGAAGCGUGUUUCUAACCCAAAGAAGCGUCAAUACGAGCUUGACUAUGAUGAUGGGGCUCUGGCGGCAAUGGACUAUUCCGAACUCAAAGAUGAAGUAUUCGAUUUUGACCCAGCCCAAGCAGAGGCCCAGUCGGCAAUAGGACCACCCCGAGGCACAUUACCAGAGAAACUUUAUCACUUUUUUGACAAGGACCAGGAAAGUCAAAUGGGGUUCUUUUCUAAGAUGCCCGUUAAAGACUGGGAGAUUUCUGGGGAUUGGUUUCUUGAGAGAUUUGGUGAGGUUAUGCAACGGUUCAGAGAAGCCCGCCAAACGAAGCGAACAUUAAUAGAAGGCUUCGAGAACGAGAUUGCCGACCGGGACGAAGCUGUUAGGAGUAAAAUCCGAACAAUUGACAGCACUCUCGCCGAACUCAAAAACGAAGGCGAGGGCAUGAUGAAUGGAAAGGAGUUUGAUUGA